CCAAGUGACGACCGGCCGGGCAGGUUGGUACUGGCGGAUCCAGCUCCGCGCUGUGUGUGAGUGUCGCACCGGGUUUUGUGGAUCUCCGCCUCCCCCUCCCCCUCCCCCUCCGUGCAGGAACUCCAAUCCAGGCUCGCUCUCUAUCGCCUCAAUAUGUCUCAAGAUGGCCGCCAAUGUGGGAUCGAUGUUUCAAUAUUGGAAGAAAUUUGAUUUACAACUGCUUCAGGAUGAGGGAUUUCAAGACGAGAGAGAACUUGAUGCCACUGCUACUGUGUUGGCCAAUCGACAGGAUGAAAGUGAACAAUCCAGAAAACGACUUAUUGACGAAAGUCGAGAAUUUAAGAAGAACACACCAGAGGACUUAAGGAAAUUGGUGGCACCAUUACUGAAGAGUUUCCAGGCAGAGAUCGACGCCCUAAGUAAAAGAAGCAAAGAAGCAGAGGCAGCCUUUUUAAAUGUUUACAAAAGAUUAAUUGAUGUUCCAGAUCCUGUUCAAGCGUUAGAUCUAGGACAACAACUCCAGCUCAAAGUCCAACGUAUGCAUGAUAUUGAAACAGAGAAUCAAAAGCUGCGGGAAACGCUUGAGGAGUACAACAAAGAGUUUGCGGAAGUCAAGAAUCAGGAGGUUACAAUAAAAGCACUUAAAGAAAAAAUCAAAGAGUAUGAACAGACCUUGAGCAGCAGAGCAGAAAGCCUUGCACUUGAAAAAGAGCAGAAAUUGCAGAAUGACUUCACAGAAAAAGAAAGGAAAUUACAAGAGACUCAAACAUCCUUGGCCUCCAAAUUUGAGGAGGCUGAUCACAAGGUUCAAGUUUUACAGACAGCCCUGGAAUCAACUCAGACUGAGCUAUUUGAUUUGAAAACAAAAUAUGAUGAGGAGUCAACUGCCAAAGCAGAUGAAAUUGAAAUGAUCAUGACAGAUCUGGAAAGAGCAAAUCAGAGGGCAGAGGUGGUUCAGAGAGAAGCAGAGGCUUUGCGUGAGCAGCUUUCCUCAGCGAACCAAUCCCUGCAGUUGGCCACUCAGAUCCAAAAAGCUCCUGAUGUGGAACAAGCUAUCGAAGUGCUAACACGAUCAAGUCUGGAAGUUGAAUUGGCAGCAAAAGACCGUGAGAUAAUGCAAUUAGUUGAGGAUGUACAGAGGUUGCAGGCAAACCUGACCAAACUUCGUGAGACCUCAGCAAGUCAGGUCUCACAACUGGAGCAGCAGCUCAGUGCGAAGAACAGCACACUCAAGCAUCUAGAGGAAAAGCUGAAAGGACAGUCUGACUAUGAAGAGAUUAAAAAAGAGCUGAGUAUCCUGAAGUCAAUGGAAUUUGUAGCAUCAGAAGGAUCUGGGUCACAGGAUGCAUCCAAAACCCUCGAGGUACUUCUGCUGGAAAAGAACCGCUCAUUACAGUCUGAAAAUGCAACUCUGCGUAUCACCAACAGUGACCUUAGUGGGUCAGCUGGGAGAAAUGGGAAAGACCGACCUGAGAGUCUGCGCCCUUCGACCUCACCAUCCUCCCCUCCCUCUAAGUUGCUGCGCAACGCGAAUGAGCAGGCUUCCAGUGCUAAUGGUACGCACCAAUUCUCACCGACGGUUUUAGGUCAAGAUUUUUUCAACUCAUCAUUGACAAGCUCCCCGUUUCCCCUGGCCUCUGCAGGGAAAUUUGCACUAAACUCACUUCUUCAGCGGCAGCUAAUGCAGUCCUUCUACACCAAGGCAAUGCAGGAUGCAGGAAGCACAACCAUGCUUUUUCCAACAGGUCCCUACAGCACAAAUUCCAUAUCAUCCCCAAGCCCGAUCCAGCAGAGUUCUGACUUAAAUGGAAUGAUCCCUUCACCCAGCCAGUCAGAAAGUGCUGGAAGCAUAUCUGAGGGCGAAGAGCUGGACACUGCAGAAAUUGCACGGCAAGUUAAAGAGCAGCUGAUCAAGCACAAUAUUGGCCAACGGAUAUUUGGACAUUAUGUACUGGGGUUAUCUCAAGGCUCUGUAAGUGAAAUACUGGCCAGACCCAAACCAUGGAAUAAAUUGACUGUUCGAGGGAAGGAGCCUUUUCACAAGAUGAAACAGUUCCUGUCUGAUGAACAGAACAUUCUGGCCCUGCGGAGCAUCCAGGGCAGGCAAAGAGAGGUUCCAGGCCAGAACAUACAAAGAGUGUUGCAGGAAGUAAAGAAACGAAGAUAUGGUUCAGAAGGCAAUAUCACAACGCGGAUCAGAACCCCUGAGACUGGCUCUGAUGAAGCCAUUAAAUCCAUUCUAGAACAGGCUAAGAGAGAACUACAGGUGCAAAAAACUGUUGAUUCAACUCAACCACCCUGUACAUCGAGCAGUGGUGGUUCAGAUGAAGCAAUUUGGUCAAUAUUGGAACAGGCCCGGCGUGAGAUGGAAGCUCAGAAGGCAGGCCUUGAGCCGACACCAAAGCCAACACCAGUUCCUCAAGCUGACUUAGCCCUCCAUUCAUCCAAAGCAGCAUCAUCUUCCUCAUUCUCUUCCUCACUGAUAGCCAUGAAAAAGCCUUUCAUGGUGGAUUCCAGCAACAACACAACACAAACAUCUCAUGGAUUUAAAAAAGAAGCGUUACAUGACUCAUGCUCCUCAGAGCACCAUGGGAUAGCAGACACACCCCAGAAUAUGCUCAAGCAAGUUAAAAAUGAGCUGGGACGAAGUAGUAUAUGGAGGGACCAGUGGUGGAAUACAGUUUGUCCUGACAGAAGAAACUCCACUUUUUCAGAAGAUGGAAGAGCAGAGGAAGCUUGUAGUGGGAGAGAGAGGAUUAGUAAUCCAAACAGACUGGAGCGAAAUGCUUUGCAAGGACCUGCAGCUUCUGACCACUGGAAAGACUGGCAAAAUGUGGAGUCGCCUUAUUCUCAAGCAUCUGAUAUGGGCACAGUGGCUGCAAGUAGCAGUGUGACUCCACAAAGCAGUCCCUUGCCUUCUUCACCUCUUGUCCCUGUCUCAAAACCACACAAGCCCUCUGUCCCACCAUUAACACCAGAACAGUAUGAGAUCUACAUGUACCAAGAAGUGGACACAGCUGAAUUGACACGACAGGUGAAGGAAAAGUUGGCCAAGAAUGGGAUCUGCCAGAGGAUCUUUGGGGAAAAGGUGUUGCGUCUGACUACACAACCAAUCAGCUCCGCACCGACCACAUCAAAUGACCACAGUGGAGCAUGCGGCACUGGAGCAACUCCGGUUUUGGGUCUGUCACAAGGGAGUGUUAGUGACAUGCUGUCUAGGCCCAAGCCUUGGAGUAAAUUGACUCAGAAAGGCCGGGAACCCUUUAUUCGCAUGCAGCUGUGGCUGAAUGGCGAGCUGGGGCAAAGCGUUCUUCCAUCCCAGGUCCAGCAAUCAGGACAAGAGAUAACCCCAAAGACCUCGGCUAGUUGCAGCCCAGCCCCUGAAUCUCCAGUCAGUUCUGCUGAAUCAGUGAAGAGUGUGGCUGAAAUAACUUCACAGCAAUCCACAGCCACAGAAGGUAGUAAGGAGAUCAAACCACCCUGUGAACAACCUUCGAACGAUCCUCAGGUUCUAUCAUCACUGCCAAUUUCUGGUCAGUCAGCAUUAAGCAUUCAAGAACUGGUGGCCAUGUCUCCUGAACUCGAUACGUAUGCCAUCACAAAGAAAGUCAAAGAGGUGCUGACAGACAACAAUUUGGGCCAACGUCUGUUUGGAGAGACCAUCCUUGGCCUGACACAAGGUUCCGUGUCUGAUCUGCUGGCACGGCCCAAACCCUGGCACAAGCUGAGCCUGAAGGGAAGGGAGCCUUUUGUCCGCAUGCAGCUCUGGCUCAAUGACCCAAGCAAUGUUGAGAAGCUGAUGGACAUGAAACGAAUGGAAAAGAAAGCCUACAUGAAACGCCGACAUAGCUCAGUGAGUGACGGUCAUGGUAGUGACUCUUCAGUUGCUGGGCUUGACUACAGUCAGAGCGCCAGUCCCCAACCACAAGUUCAUCUGAAGAAGCCUAGGGUGGUGUUGGCCCCUGAAGAGAAAGAAGCUUUGAAGCGAGCUUACCAGUUAAAGCCAUAUCCAUCCCCAAAAACUAUAGAAGAACUUGCUGCUCAGUUGAAUCUGAAAACCAGCACUGUCAUCAACUGGUUUCAUAAUUACAGGUCCCGCAUUCGAAGGGAGCUGUUCAUCGAAGAAGUGCAGGCAGGGCCUCAUGGUCAAACAGGAUCCAGUGGCUCUCCAUCUGUCAGAGGAAAUAGGACAGGACACAGCUCAGAAGGAGAAAGCUGUGAUGGAGGAGACUUGGAAGCAGUGACUGAAGAAAAGGAUAAUGCCAUGGGAAUGGAAAAUUACAGCACGGGGUGUGUAACCCCUAAGGAAGGGCAGAUGGAGUCAGUUUGCGAUGAGGAUACAGAGUCUGUUGUGCAGCCUGACAUUAAAGAUGCCACAGUGAUUGAUACAAAGGACUCGUCCCAUUUAGAAGGAGAUGCCAUGGUCUCUCCUAAUGCUGAGAGUGAAGAUGAGGGCAUCAUGAAGCAUCCGGGCCGAAAUAAGAGAUUACAGCGAGAAGCACAUGUGUCAGGAACAUCCCUGGAGGAAUUCCAAACAAACCAGCCUUCGGCCCAGUCAGUUGUAGAAGAGGACAACUCUACCUCAUCCGCCUCCACGUCAGCAACUGUAGCAGAGACCUCCCGAGAUUUGAAAGAAGAUACCUCUUUGAUGCAGCAGGCGAGCAUUGGAACGAACACAGGUUGCAGAGGCACCACGUCCUCUUCCGCAAAAGGCUUCCAGAAAGGCCUGUUCAACUUUUCUGACACCCCCUCGCCUGCCCAAAAAACAAGCCUGCGUGAGAACAGUUUAAGGCGUAAGAAAGCAGCAAACUUGAACAACAUUAUUCAUCGUUUGGAGAAAGCUGCAAGUCGGGAAGAGCCCAUUGAAUGGGAAUUUUGAGAUUAAAUUAUUAAUUAUGCACAACUCCUGAGAGUUAGGUAUUAAGAGACCUUGGACAUUCUUUACUCAUUUUAUCCUGUCACGCACUUAAUGCCCUGCAGGCCACAGGGCAAAAAUGCCAUAGGCCAAGGUGCAUAUAGAAAAGGAGAGCAUUAAGUUCCGUUCAUCAUUGCAUUUUCAAAGCAAGAGUUGAAACAUGCAGUUAAGCUUUUGUACCCCGAAGUGUUUUUGUGUCAUGACUGAUUUUCAAACUGUCUGGGAUUAACUGUUACAGCUUUGCCUUCUCCCUCCGCCAAGUGGGCUUCAAGCAGCGACACCCAUCGGCUAAAGAGGGGUCUCCUUUGCCAUAAAAUGGCAGCAGAGCGAUAUUACACUAUUAACUUCUUAACCAGAAAAAGAUUGGAGAAUUUUCAAAUGACUAGAAUUUUGUAGCUGUUCAGUUGCCACUGAGAGAUUGCACAGUCAUCUGACUCUAAACACACUAGUUUGGUUUCUUAGAUAUUUUGAGAAUUCUUGCUGUUUUAAACUUUGAAAGAGGAAAAAAAACACAUUUAGUCCACUUAUUUUUUAAAAAAAGGUCACGUUUAAAAAAAUUGUCAAAAAAGAUGUGGUAGGUGAGUUAGUGUUUUCUUGUAUGUGAAUUUAGGAUAAUGAUAUGUAGUGCACAUUGUUUCAUAGCUUUAACUGACUCUGGUUUCUCUGCAGGCCAGGGUUUGUUUAAUACACUCCAUUUUAGGCCAAAUCAGGACAAGAUCUGAACCUAGGUAUUUUAUAACCUGCUUUUUAACCUCUAAACCACAAAGCACGCUGAUCAGACCUCAUAUUGUCUUUAUGUGUGUGAGAGAGUGUGUGUGAGAGAGAAAGUUGUGAAUUCUUAGGUCUGACUGAUUUCAUACGUACCAAUGCACAUUUAAAGUGCGUUACUGCCACCCUUUUCUCAAUAAGCUGUGUCAUCAGUAAGGCAUGUAUGAGUUAGCUUGUCACAAGUUACAUAUUUUUUUCUUGCCAUAUCUUUAAUUAAAACUAACAGUAGAUGAUUUCAGUAUACAAGAAUAUUUUUGUGCUUAUUUAUAGGUGCUUUUUUUUCUAUCCAUUGUUAGGAAGGGAUGAAAGGGAGCAAGUCUUGUUCUAGAUGGUCAGACUGCCGGCAGUAUUUGGGAUAUUUUACAAGUUUCACUGGAUAAAUAUUGGCUCCUUGACAUCUUUCAAGCUCCAAAAUAUUGAUUAGACGUUGUUUCUCAGUGUAAAUUGCAUCAUGAUUUUUGUGUUGGUCUUUUAGGUCAGAAUCCAUUGAAGUAACUGUGUAGCACAAUCAUAACCUGUCAUUUUAAUUAUAAUAUAUGAAUUCUGUUUUCUAUAAUAAUUAUGGUUGAGGAGUUAUAUACCUGAUAUUGCACCGCAGUGAGUUGUGUGUAGUUUUGUAGCAGAUUAUGACUGUUUAUAGGGAAAAAUGCAUUACCUGCAUGAUAUGUUAAAUAAUCAUAUAUUUCAUACAUAAAACUGUACACGUAGAUUGAGCACUUAGCUGUUAAGUACAGAUGGUGCUGAUUCAACUCCAGCUAGUCAUAGGGAAGGGCUCUAGGAGGCUGCCAGGCAGUAAGUUAGAAUGAAUCCUUCAAAUAUAUGUUCACAAGAGAGCAUUCCUCAAUAUCAAGCUGUAUAUGACAAAUAGGGCAAGCUUCAAUUACUAUUCACCAGCCAGGUCCAAAAGGAUGAGUGAUGCACAGAAUCUACUUCUUUUGCUCUGUUGGGCAGUGCUGAGGAAAGAUCAGGGAUAAUCCUGAUAUUUCCCUACCUCCUGAUGAGUCCACUCUGUAGUAUGAUUUGCCCAAAGAUCAGAAUCUCAGUGAAUCAGAGAACUGACCAUUCCCUCCCAUUCUGAUCUCUGUAUUGCCCACUACACAUGCUUGCCCCAGUUAACCAGAGAACAAAAGGUAACGCUGCACUUCAUUAAAGUAUUAGUUUCCUGCCCUACGACUACUUUUAGUCUUUGCACUUGAGACUGUAGUGAAUAAACUGGUGAUCAAACAGAAUAUUUCAGAACAAUUGACACUUACCAUACACAGUUUUCUGUUUCCAACCUUCUCUAACACAAGCAUUAGACUAACUGCUGUAGCAGCACUACUGCUCCUUGUAAUUCUGCACCAUAAUUUGCGUAUCACUUAAACAUAAUUUUGCACAAUAUAAUAUCGUUGGAUGUUUGCCCUUGGUUGCAGAUGAGGAAGGCUAUUGCCAGACAUCGUGCCCGAGUUGGCAUCCUUAUGAAGAAAGGAAGGAGAAUCAGGGACUAGGCCCACGUUUUUGACAAUGUUCUCAUUUUGCUAACUGGGCAAAGAAAAAUUUCAGAAGUAAAUUUUAGUAAAUAUCUUUGAGGAAUGGUAGCCUGUUCACCUGUUGUUUCAACCUCUUCUAAAGCACUCAUGUCCCUUCUUAACAUAGUCUACUUUGUAAUGUGUGCUUAAGACUGGACAACUCAGGAAAUUAAAACUUAAUUGGAACAUAAUAUAAUCAAUGUAAAUGUAACUUGAAGCUUCAGAUUUUGAUACUGUUUCUUAGAAUGUAAUAACUUUAUCCCAGGAACGUUUACAGUAGUGUCUGUUUCUGCAGGGCCCACACAGGCGAUUUAAAAGUAGCUGUACGGUUGUCCCAGAGCCACUGUAACACAGUGAUUAUUGCAAAAACUUGGAAUAGUAUCGAAAGCCGACAUCUUGCUGAGAUAAAUAGAGCAAUGUGUGUGCACAUUAUUUUUUAGAACAUUGUCUAUACAGCCUACAUAGAAUGAUGAAAGGAAUGCUGUAUUAGCAGCAGUGUUUUUUUGCAGGCAGACAUGUGGUUUUAUUCAUUUUAAUCUUUAUUUUGUCCCUUAUGUAUUCCAUAAUUAAUCAUAGUUUUUGCCUCUACAUUGUCAUUGCUGUUUGAGUUUUAGUAUUGCGUGGUAAUUCAUAAGACAUACAAUGCUCAUUAUAAUUUGUACAUAAAACUAAGUUUAAUAACUACAAACUGCAGAUCACUGCCUUAGAAAAUGUGUAGAUCCUAAAAGCAAAUAUUUUUCAUUGAUAUGCAAGACUUAGCAGUCAAUAACCAGAGUUGUUUGAGUUUAAUUCUGAUGCUAUUGGAAUGAAGUAUCCUCUGUAGAAAAGUCUUAAAAAUAUUUUAUUUUUUAUAACUAAUUCCUGAAGCUGACUUUCUGAGAUCCAUAUAGGCAUUUUACUUUAUUUCCAUUUUCUUAAUUUAUUCAUUUGGAAUUUAGGUCCAACUGAUUGGGAAAUCUAUACUUUUUCUUUUUAGAACCAUAAAAAAAAGUUCUGUUCUUCCUCUCUGUGAUUGCAAUCCUGCCUCCCAUUCACAAUCACUUUUAGGCUGCUUCAGCUGAAAAAUUUACAAUUCAGGCGAUGUGUUUCAGUUUCAUUAAGUGAAUAUUAAUCUGUUAAAUAUAUUCAGAUGCUGUGUUUUAAUUUGCAUUUUAGGGGAUGGUUUCCAGGCAUUUUAUAUACAGUAUAAAUAUAUAUAUAUUCAAAUUAAAGUUUUACUUUUUUUAAAAUUUAGGUAGUUUGGUGGAAGUAGUAAGCUUUAUUUCAUUUGACGAUGUACAUCCUUUUAAUCUCACCAGAUAACCUGGUCAGAACAAGAAAUUUGUAACGUACAAUUUUGGUAGUAUGGAUUUUGUGUUUAAUCCAAUGCCUUCUGAGGAACCUAGCAUUAAUUGUGGCUCCCCUCUAAUUUUACAAACUUGAAGUACUUGUAAAUUUUGCUUGCAAACAAUUUGGCAACAAAGCUUUUCAGUUCUCAAGAGUGAAGGUAAUAUAAUUGGAAAAUUCCAAACACAUUAGCAGCCAUAGAUCUGUUUAGCAGUAAGAAUGGAGGAAAUCACACACUGAACUACAUCCCCUGUUUAAAAGGUCCUAAAAAGCUGACUGGACUUGGUGGCAUUAAUUGAUGCCUGUUAUAUUUGUGCUGCUGCAGUAUUAUAAAAUAUUUGUAAUUCUGAUGAGUUUCAGUUCUACAGAAAAGCUGGAUUCUAUUUGAAAUUUUAAAUCCUAUGCUGGGGUGCUUUGUAUGAAUCAUUUCCAUCUACUUCCUGAAACCUAAGCUUGUUACUCAUGAAGCCUGCUAUCAAAGGCUUUGCAUUGAAAAGUUUUGUCCAUUAGAUACGAGGUUGAGACUAUCAACAUACAUUCCACUUUCAGCCCACAUAGCUAUCAGGAAAUACCAAUCUUUGUAACUCUCCCUGCUCUAAUCUUUGCUUUGGGUGACUUUGCACCCAAAUCUUCUGAGAUUGCUGUCUGCACUAUCAAGCCACCUUAAGAGAUAAUGAUUAAAGCAGAUAUUCCUGUGAACCCUUGCUCAGUUUGUGUAUGCUGGCAUUGAAUGCUAAAAUUUCAAGCUACUUCAAAUAGUAAGAAGCAAAACAGCAGAACUCAUUGUGUGCCUUGAUUAGGAUAGUACGCUAGGAAUGAAAGAGUCAAACUCUGUCAUACCCAUAGGUCACUUUGAUUGCUGUCACUGACAGAAAUACAUGCAACAGCCAAAAUAAUUGGAAUACAUUCCCCCAAAGCACUUAGAGCAUAUUUUAUUAAGAAUAUAUUUUUAAAAUCUGUUGUGAUACAAUUAUGUAAGCACAAAAUUUGUAAAGUCAGAACUUACAGAAGGAGAAUAAAUUCUGUUCAGAGCUUUAGAGGUAUUUUUCUAUAAAACCCUUCCUGUUGGUGGCUUCACCAACAUAUUUUGGUGAACAUUUUCUCUCAAAAGCACUAUUAUAAAAAGCAAUACUGACAUUCCAUAGAUUUUUAAUUGUAACUUUUGUAAAAAAAACUUUUUACUCUGAAUUCUUUAAAAGAUGCUUUGGAACUGUUUGCUGUUCAACAGCGAAAAUGUACUCAAUUCUGCGUGACUUGGAAUAGACAAGUACAGAAGCCCAGUCAUAGAUUGGGGUUAUACCUGUGCUAAAAUUCCAUGUGUAAAUAAAUCUUUGACUGUACGUUCUGGGAAUUGGCCACCUUUUAUUGGCAAUACUUUUCUAUUGAAGUAACACAUAGCGUACACUACGUCAUUUUCAUGUAGCAUGUUGAUAUUUUGGGAUCCAAAACCAGCCAUUUUCUUUGGCAGGGUCUGCUUAGCAAAGAACAUAGUUGUCAAUUUUUAUUGAAUCUGUACAUUUUCUACAUUGCAUUCAGAGUCUAUUUUUCACUUACUUCUUGAAACCGUUUUCUCAAACUUAAAGUAGUCUAGAUUCAACUUUACAUUUAACCUCAAACGUAAACUUGUUCUUCAAUCAUGAUUUAUUUAAGAACCUUUAAAAAGAUUGGUAGACUUCCUGAGAAUGUGCUUUACCAUUAUUGCUUCCAAUGUAAUUAUUAUGCAUUUUUUCAAGCACUGUUGUAAUUCUUCAUCAAAUCAGAAGUUUUCUGCUGUCUGUUUUUAAGAUGACACAAAAUUGGCAUUUUAUAUAAUGUAUCCAGAUUAUAGCAUUAAUGGUUUCAGCAAUGUGCACUUCUUGCACAUCUAAAUCUUCCUAUUAAAAACAAAAUACUGGAAGUACUCAGUAUCUGUGAAGAGAGAAGCAGUUAAUAGAACAUUUUAGUUCAAAAAAGGUGAAAGGUAAUCAACCUUAACUGUUUGACCCUCAUUAUCCAGAUGCUGCCUGACCUGCUGAAUAUUUCCAGCAUUUUCUUUAUUUAUCGCAGAUUUCCAGUAUACACUGUAUUCUGCAUUCAAUAAGUUUCCUGUUAUUGAUUUCAUAAUUUAGUAUUUAGAAACAUAGAGAAAUGGGAUUGACAUUAGCUAAAUGUGUGAAGUAGAAUGCAGUUUUCCCAAUGAGCUGCCAAUGAUAAAAAUGGUAUUUUAAGGAAGGAAUCAGAUAAGUACUUUAGAAUUAGGUUGUUUUUAAGCACUUACCUGCACCAUGUUUGGAGAUGUUUUCUUUUCAAUUAACAUUUGAGUUUUUAAAUCUGUGAAAAUUGAAUCAGUAACACCAUUAAUCUACAGAAUAUUCUGUUCUAAUAGCUGUCAUUGCCACUAGUAUGCUUGUUCAUCCACCUUCAGUGUGAAAUGUCUCCCCUAGGAUUUACAUGGUCUGUAUUGGAUUAGUUUGUGCUGCAUGGCCAGAAAAUUAGAAAGGAUUUUGCCCAUAUUCACAACUGCUGCUUUUAAAUUUACUUCAAAGACAAAUUGAGUAGGUUGAUUGAAGUAACUACAAAAUGACCAAGUUCCUGUAAUUCUUCUCUUUGGUGUGGAGAGCCAAGGCUUUCCUCAAACAACUAAAAACUCAGACACAAAUCAGUACUCUCCCUCUGGGAUUGAAGUGCUGCUCCAUUAUUUAUUUGGUUGACUGUUGCAUUCUGUUUCUUCUUACUCCAUUCUAUUUUUAUUCCUUCAUUGCCAUCUUCAAUGAUUUAUUUCAUCAUUGCUCUCUUCCAUAAAACUUCAACUCUCAUCUUUAUCAGAAAAACAAAAAUGCCCAGUGCAUCCCUUGGUAUUUGUAACAUUUCAGUCAAAAGCUGCCUAGCUCUCUUUACAUAAAAAGUUGACUUUAGAGAGCAAGCUUUUCCCUUAAAUAGCAAGUUAUAUUUUGACCUUUUGCUAUUUGAAAAUCAGGAACGGAAGAUUGAUUUGAGGCAAGUGAGCCCACCAUUGCUUCACCGGUAAAUAAUGUUAGGGCUUUUUGAAAUAGCUAACAAUAGAUCAAAUUAUCUAAGCAUUAAUAUGUUUCACUUAAAGGACUUUAUUUGCAGGAGAUACUUAGUUCCUUCCAUUUUCUAUAGUUCUAAUAACCUUGAUUUUUUUUCUCUUUGAGGAAUGUAUCAAUAAAACUCAUAUAGUACAGUUCAGUCAACUGACAAAUUCAUCACAGAUACAAUUUUCCUGUACCUUUCCCCAUAUGUAAAUGUAUAACAAAAGGAUUUAGAUUAGAGUCAGUGACUGUUUUGAUAAAAAUGAAUAAAAAUAACAGAAAUAAAAUGAAGAGAAAUAUAGCAAGCAAAAUACUUUCAAAACCAGAGCUGUUGGAUGACAUACACAGCCUUUCAACACCUGAGUGGGGCAGUCUUCGUGUCCCUCAGGAACCUCCUCACUUUGGCCACUUGUUUAUCUGCCCCUGCACCCCAUCUAGCCCCAAACAUCCUCAUCCCGUCAUAGCUUUAUCCACUUCCCUCCAAAACCACCUCAAUCAUCAUGUUGAGUCACAACUUACUUCGUUUUCUGCAUUCUACCCAUUAGCAUUGAGUGGCAACUCUACCAUUUUCCCCAAACUAUAUAUAUUCUUAAAACCCACAUGGGUUUUCGUCUAUACUUUUGGUGAUCUCUUCAAACUGCCCAAGCCAUGUUUUUUGGCUAUGUGGAAUGUUGUAAUGGCGCUAUAUAGAAGUCAGGAUUUUAUUGUUGUAUGUUGCUUUAGAAAGGGUUAGUUUCUGAUCUUUUAUCAACAAACGUUAAGUAUUUAUUGUAUUCAUUAAGCUGUGGACAGGAUUUGCUGGAUGCUGAGAACUAGCAACAAAUAUAUAGCCAGGGUCACAAACUUCAAAUGAAGCUUCUUUUCAAUUUAAUAUAGGGAUCACUGGCAAGGUUGCCAUUUAUUGUCAAUUUUUUAGUCAUGCUAAGAAGGUGAAAGUGCAUCUUGUUCAACUUCAGUUUACUGAAGUACUUUGAUGCAACUGAGCAGCUUACUUUGGAAGUGAAAUCAUGUUCAUUGGAAACUGGAGACACAAAAAGGACAGCUGGGAUAAAGGCAAGCAGGGCUCAAGUGAGCCAGUUAAGUUUUACAAUAGUCUGGCAGCUUCACAAGCACUGAUGGCAGAUCUUUCUUUCUUCUAGCUUUAUUAAGCUGAAUUUGAAUUCUUCAGUAGCCAUGGUGAGAUAUGAAUUCAUGUUCAUAUGGAUUAUAAUGUCCAAGCCUCUUGAUUAUUUGUUCAAUAAUAAUUACUACAUUAUCAUAUCCAGCAUAUCCAGAAGUUUAUAAUUCACUUCCAGUUUAUGCAUCUGGAAUAUCAGAUUUUUCUAACCUGCUGCUUCUGACACCCAUGAUAGACUCCCCCAAAGCUCCAUUGCAGUUUAACCUGUUACAAGGACUGUAAUUUAUUGAAAACUUAUCAGUCACUAAAAGAUUUAAGAUCUGGCCUUUUAAUGGUUUGAUAGUGUUGAAAACCAGUUAUUAGUUAGCUAGUAAUCCAUUUAAGCAACCAGUAGCAAUGCAGUUGUUUUAAAGAUUUUGAUCAAUAAUAGGGAUGUCAGUAAUUCCUAAUAUUUGAAACAUAAAGCUCCCUACUUGUCAAAGAUUCCUCUAUCAAUGCUUUCUCUAUUUCAAUCGAUCAUUUUGCAUUUAACACCAAUGAAACCCACACUGUUUGAAACAGAGCAUCUACAAUUUCAAUGUAUUCAUAUUUAUACUUUCUAUAGACUCCCCUCAAGGCUCCAUUGUAGUUUAGCCUGUUACAGCAAAUGGGUUGCAGUCCAUGGAAGAACUCCAAAAUAGCUUCAGUAGGCAAUUUGUACUGUUUGUGGUUUUAACAAACUCUCACCCAUUCUUUUUACAAAAAGGAACCAUUUUAUGCUCAGAAAAUCUGUUUUGACAUAGUACUUCCACUGGAGACAGUUGCACUGAAUUUGCAAUUGUCGGAGUGUAUUGAUCAUGAUGGGUAGGAUAUGCUAUGUGUCUCCAGGGGGUCUCUCUUUCCCUUGCUUAUGUAGGCUCAAGUUUUCAUUUUUGAGUUAUUUUGGCAUCAGGAUGUUCAAGAUUCAUCGAAGGUUUAAAGUUUACUGAGCUGUGUUUUAUAGAUAUAAAGUGUUGCAAGGUUACUAAAGCAAGAAAUGAAAAUGAUGCAGUUACACAUGACUAGCUACCAUGGCCAACAAUAACUGGGUGCACCAUAUGGUUUUACACCACUUUGUACCGAUUGAUGUGUAUGUUAGAAGCUACUUUUGUUGGAAUCCCUAAAGAUAUAAGAAUUUGAAGUCUGGUUUAUUUUUCCAGAAUUCUUUUUCUCAUUCUUUUUCUAGUUUUCUUCACGAGCGCACAUCACUUUUCAGAUGAGCAAGAGAGGACAGGCCACCAGUUUAAUGAGUAAUGUAUAAUAUUCACAUAAAAUGGAUAGUAUCACAUUGACUCCUAAAACACCAGGAAGGCACAAUUCCUUGUGUUAAUGACAGCAUUUGAUUUAUUCGGUCGAUAAGCAUUCAAGCUGGCUCUGAAUGUCUCCACACUGGCCAUCUGGUGGCAGCUGUACUUCCUGUGGGGUAGGAUUAAUAAAGUCAAGAUGGAUUGUUUUGCCAAGUUAGGGGGCAUUAGCUCAGAGAUAUCUAGCUGAGAACAGGAAAGAUUUAACAUUCUGAAUCAUUUAUUUAAUGGACACAAUAAAGGCUCAAAUUUGCAUUUUCUUUAGUGGAAGAAACAGCCGUUUCUUCAACAGCUCAGGACUGUUGACCAAAUAUUUACCAGUGAGCUAUGCUUGUAUCAUCGAAGUUGUGAGAAGCUUGGUUUAGCACUAGCGCUUGGGGAAGAAGAGAAUUUAAUGAGUUGUAAGAUAGCAUUGUAUCCCAGGUUUAGAAGUGUUGGUAUAUCCAGUGCUUGCUUACUGGUCUUAGUAUGUACCUGCUUCCAUGUCUUCACUCAAAACAUUACUUCAGUGCUAUAAAAAUGUCAUCUGAGCCCUACAUUCAGGUAUAACAAUCCUAUUUUCAGAUAUAGCAAGAUUCAAGUAUUGUGGGAUCUGCUUUAGAUAGAUGUGGGAUCAAAUUCAUUGUCCCUAUACCAAGUGGAAUUCACCCUGAAAACAGAUAUCACUGGACUGUUCAAAUAUACUUCGGAACAAAGGCUGUUAGGAAAUUCUGAAUUUUAAUUUGUAUAGAAUGAAGAAAGACUGUACGACUGUUUCAGGGCCCACUUUGCCCAAACCUACACCAUGCUCAGAGCCAUAUGUGAAUAAAGUGACAUUCUUGAUUCUACCUUAUUCUCAUUUAUGAAUCACCUUGUUCUGUUUGAAGGCUGCUGUCCUGACGGGAUUUUUGAAAAAUAAUGUACUGCAGUGCUCACUACCAACAGUUUGAGUUUAUUUUGGUUGGUUGCAAUAGAAUAGCAUCUAUUGCUAUCUUCUCAGGCAUGAGUUGUUCAUGCUCCUUUAGUGAGGACGAGUAAGUUAACAUGUCAGCUGUCAUUCAUUCAACUAUGAUCAGUAACACCUGAAGGGUUCUUAUGGUGCAGUGACAGUGAGUGACCCUACCUCUGGGUCAUAAGGGCCAGGUUCAAGUUGCUCCUGCUCCGAAGGUGUGUAAUAACGUCUCUGAUCAUGUUGAUUAGAAAAUAUUUUGAUUACACUUGAAAUUUUAACUUACCACCUCUCUGCUUAAAUGCUGACUGAUCUGCUGAGUGUUUCUAGCAUUUUUGCUUUCGUAUUUUAUCAUUUGCAGGUUUUAUCUUUUGAAUUGUAAAGUGUCUAAUAGCAGAUGAAUUUAAUUUAUUUCUGCUGAGUUUGGCCAGUUGACAAUAUCCAUUACUUUGCAUGGUCAUAAUUUUUAGCAUGUACAUCUGAUUAUGGUUCAUAAGUUUAAGUGAGACAGUGGUUGUAACUUUUGUUUCAGCCUCCUAGAGCCUCCUGCAAGUCAAGUUGUUGAAUACGGAGUAGAAAGAAAAUAAGGUUUUAUUUACAAAGCUUUUUUUUUAAUUGAGCGAGGUGAUGGGAAUAUUUGGAACUACUCAUGAAGCAUUUGUGCAAUAAUGACUUGCCACUGAUAGACCGUGUCUGAAUUGCUCCAUGUAGUACUGCAGCACAUGUGUAUAAAACACUGACUUGAACUAUUUUAAUACGCUUAUUGUCUUUACCACCUCUGCUCUCCCACCCCACCCCAAGUGUGUUGUGGUGUCUUACAGUUUAGCAGUAUUUCAUUUUUUUGCCAUCACAGACUAAAUGUCUUAGACUUUUCUAGAAUUUGCUAUUCACAGGUAGUCACAAAAAAAUUUCACAAAUAAUAAACCCAGUUGACCAAAAAAAAUUGUAAUUUUUGUACACACAGCUUUACACCUCCCAUUUUCUUCACUGUGAUCCAUGUUUCGUAACUGUUUUUUCUUGGUAUUUGUUAGAACUGGUUGAAACUUUUCUGUAUGGCAGGCAGUAGUGGAAUCUACUCCCUCCAUUGGCAGAACUAGCUUUUUUUUUCUGUCUCUGGUGAUUAGCCAUAUAGCAUACUCUGUUCUCAGCACUGUAAACAGUCCCUAUAUGAUAUGGAGAAGCAAUAUCACUGUAUGAAACUCACAUGAUGUAUUAUUCACUAGCACCCUAGGUGUGAUAAUUGAAGUAAAUAUCUUUUAUACAAACACAGCAAUGGCCUGCAUUGUCUUUAUUUAUGCAUAAUCCCUUGAUAAAAAACACUUUUUUACAUUACACAGAGGUCAUAUGGUUGCAUGUUAUUUCUGCUGUCAUUUUAAGAUUCUUUCCUUGGCUAUAAGUCUACUCUUUUUCCAGGUAUAACAACACUCUCUGUAACCUUGUUAGUUUAACACUCGUGGCAUUUGUGUCCCAGCUGGCAAGUUCAUACUAUGUUUGUUUCAUAUUGUGGAUCAUAUUUAUAUCUUCACUAACUAGGAGCAGAAGUCCAGUUGUUCUCUCCACACAGUAAAGGCUUGAAUGUUUUGAACCUGCUAGAUGAAGAACUUCUGAUCAAUAGCUCAGGCCAUUCUAGUUAUAAUCCG